AUGCACCUCCUGCCAGAAGACGACGACCAAAAGUCCAACCACACCUCGAACGGCGCUCCGCCCUCGGACAAGCUUUCCACCGCCCUCUCGACCAACGACUUCUACGGCCACAAUCGACAAGAGGUGACGCGCAUCAUCAUCCAGAGUCUCUCGGACCUAGGCUACCAAUCCACCGCCCAGAAACUGAGCCAGGAGAGUGGCUACGAACUCGAAGUCCCCAACGUAGCCGCCUUCCGCACUGCUGUUCAGAAUGGCGACUGGUCAGAGGCUGAAGCCUUGUUGUUCGGCGACGCUACCCGCGAAGGCCUGCCGCUGUGUGAAGGCGCAAAGAGAGACGACAUGGUCUUCCUAAUACGCCAACAGAAAUAUCUCGAGCUGCUCGAGCUGCGUCAUCUGUCCAAGGCUCUGAUGGUUCUCCGCCAAGAGUUGACUCCGCUACAUCAAGAUGUCGCCCGUCUCCACGCCCUGUCCAGCCUGAUCAUGUGUCGCCGAGCUGAAGAUCUGAGGCAACAAGCUCACUGGGAUGGUGCCAGCGGUAACUCAAGACGACAUCUAUUGUCUGAGCUGUCCAAAUCUAUAUCGCCAUCCGUCAUGAUCCCCGAGCACCGCCUCGCCGUCCUCCUUGACCACGUCCAGCAACAGCACAUCGACCAGUGUCUAUAUCAUAACACCACCCAGCCUCCUUCGCUGCUACACGACCACGUCUGUGAACGCAACCAAUUCCCUCUACAUAUCUUUCACGAGUUGCAACAUCAUGGAGAUGAAGUUUGGCAUCUCGAAUUCUCACACGAUGGCUCCAUGCUGGCAACCGCUUCCAAAGACAAUACCGUUAUCAUUUACGAUACUACCUCAUGGAUGCCCAUCUGCCGCUUGAACCAACAAAAGCCUCACAAUGAGUGCGGUGUCUGCUACGUUGCCUGGAGUCCCGACGACACAUACAUCCUCGCAUGCUCACAAGCACGAGAGCUCGCCAUUUAUCAAGCUCGCACCGGCACUCGCGUUGGCGGCGUAGACCAUUUCCACUACCCAGUCACAACCGCUGCCUGGGCUCCUGACGGUCAAAGCUUCAUCGUUGGCUCACAAGAUUCUAGAAGACCUCUUGGCCUCUACCAGCUAUCAGACCAGUCAACGUUGCAUUCUUGGGUUAGUAACGAUGCUCAAAGUCUUCGCGUGAACGACUGUACCAUUUCAGCCGAUGGUUCCCGCCUUGUCGCUAUAAGCAACGACAAUCGCGUCAUCGUCUACGAUUUCAAGACACGCCUAAAAUUGCACGAAUGGGUCAUGGAAGACAGACUCACUUGUGCCACUCUAAGUCAUGACGGCAAGUCGCUUCUCGUUAGCAUGAACGAAGGCCGUCUGGUACUCCUUGAUUCCGACACUGGCGAAGUCUUACAACGCUACAAUGGUCUGACGCAAAGUGAGUUUGUCAUCAGAAGUACCUUUGGUGGUGCUGGGGAGAAUUUUGUCAUCAGUGGCAGCGAGGAUUCACGAGUCUAUAUUUGGCGGAAACACACUGGACAACUCGUUGUCGCACUCGAAGCACAUCCUCCUGGCACUGUAAACUCGGUUGCCUGGCAUCCCACCAAUCCAGCCAUAUUCGCUUCUGCUGGCGACGACAGAAGAGUCAGGAUAUGGUCCAAUCAACCCGCCGAUCGUCGGCGAUCUUCUUUCAUGACUACUCUUUCUUAG